GACGAGCAUCCUCCUUUACCAGAAAGUGCUUCACCCAUUGUAAAGGAUUUUUUAAUGCAAUGCUUUCAAAAGGAUAGUAAUCUUCGUGUGUCUGCUAGGAAAUUGCUAAGACAUCCCUGGAUAACAAAUGUUCAAAAGAAGGCUGCUGACACGAGACUGGAGCCGAGGGUAUCAACUGAUUAUGAUGAAGUGGUAAAAAGCGUUAAAAAGUGGAAUGAGGCAUUAAAAGGUUCCCAUUGGAAUCCGCCUCAAACACCACACGGGAGGAGGAGAAGUGAAUCCUUAAGAUUAGCGGCCACUAUGCCACGUAUCCAAUUUCAACAGUCUUUACAAUUCAGCGGCUCGUCUUCUCCGACUCCGAAAAUAUCAUUGGGCAAUAUUGAUAAUGUUAACGGUGGUAGUGAUAAUAAUUGGGAAAAGAUAAUGGCUUUAAAUUCGAAUCUUCUAUUCACUCCUUCGGCUCAACAAAGCAAUCGCCUGUCGGUCACGGUUGAACCUGAAGAUGAAGAAAAUAAUAAUUGGGAUGAUGAUUUUGUGGAUUCAAUACCAUACUCCAAAAUUGCUGAACAUCAAAAUCGGAAAUUAGGUCAUAAAUCAUCUGAAGAGGAUCAAACGAUACGACUUGCUCAAAACAAAAAUGAAAAAAAAAAUAAGGAUAAGGGAAAGAAACCGAUGGUCAAUAAAGUGCAAAAAGAGGAAGAAAAGUUCACGGAAGCAACUGUAAUAGAGGAUACGGUUAGAUUGACGUCCGGGGGGAUGAGUAGUAAUUGGGAGUCGACGCAGGAUACCAUCAUUCGGUUACCAAAGAAAAUUAUGAGUCCAAAGGAAAAUGCUAAAAAGAACAACGGCACAGCGUUGGCAAAAUCACCUGUACCGAUUGAUGACAAACAAAAGAUCUCUACCAGACCGGUACAACCGGUCAUAAAAACGCUCAAGCAACAUGCUCGUGCCCAUAGCGCAAAUUAUACUCACGAGUCUUCAAUCAACAAGUCGCCGCUACUUCCCCUACCUACGCAAAAAUCUGUAUCUUCAACUGUUUCAGCAACUGCAACAACACCUUCGUCAAGAAGAACUCCUCUUUUCAAAAAGGACCCCAAAAUUGAGAUACCGGAUUCGCUCACCUCUCCGCCGUCAUCACCUUCCGGGCUAUAUGAUGAUUCUCCAAGUCCUAGUGAGAUAUAUCAGUAUCGAGAAUCCGACGAUGAUGAUGAUUACAACAACAUUUUCCGUAAUGAAUCUGAGGAUGACGAAGACGGCUCAAAUCACACUUUGAAAUUGAAUACGCGCUUAUCGAACAAAAGUAACAGUUGGUUGAGGGAUGAUGUAAGUGAUGAAGACGAUCCAUUCGCAGAGAUGGAAGAGAACUAUUAUGAAAUGGAUAUGGAUACGCACAUUGCCAUGGACAAGUUUGUGCGGGCGUCUGGUCGCUUGGAAGAGCUUAUCAGUGCACUGCAGCCAAGUGAGAGCGAAGAACGAUUGGUGUUUUUGUGUACCCAAAUAACCGAACUGUUAAUUGAACAUAAAAACCUCAAAAACCAUUUCAUAAUAUUCCACGGUGUAAUUCCCAUAAUGGAGAUGCUGGAGAUAUGUUCUUACAAUAAC